AUGGCCGACACGUUGCUGCUGAGCCCGCAGGAGUACUACUCCAGUCUAUCGGGUGACAGGCCCUCAUUGAAAGAAAAAUUCCAUGAUAUCGACGACAAGACCCACUUCUACAAUGCCAUGCACCGUCUGGAGGACCCGCGCACCCGGAACUUUGUGCUGGACUUUGGCAAUGAGGAUGCCUGGUGCGGCGCCGACCUGGAUACCGAGGAUGUGAAACACCUCCUGAGCAGGCCGAGAGCAAGAUGUUUUGGCACCCGGUGGAUUAACAUCUGGGCGCCAGAGGAACAGAAAGAUGCUAUCAAGGUCAUCACCACAUACUAUGGAGUGUCAGAACGACUGCAGGGGAUGAUGUGCACCGAACCAGCCGUGCCACCCCCCAAGCCCGUCGCAUUACCCAAAAAAAGAUAUACGCGCGAUUUCGACCACGCCGAGAAGCCCGUGGGCGAUGUCGAAAACGCAAUCUCCCUCAAGGAUCUGUCCGAUCCGGAUCAUACGCGCCAGGAUGCCGCCUCGUUCAAGAAUUUGACCUUUUCUCAAGUCACCGAUCAAAUUUGGCAUUUCUCGUCCGUAGAUCAUGGCCCUCGAUACACUUGCGUGGGCUACAAUACGUUAUUUGUGGUUCCACACAUGCACAUGCCGAAUGGCAAAGACCUGCCAGACGGGAGACGACUGUGGUCGUGGCUCAUUCUUUUCGAAGACGGAACCGUCCUGUCAAUCCAGGAGAAUCCGUUCCCACGAGCACAGGGCCAAGGAUCUAUGGAGGACAUGAAGCGCGUUCUCGACGUGGUGCGCCGCAACAUCCGCUUCAUCUUCUCGGGGGUGUCCCGGCAGCACUCUUCCGUAUCCGAGAACGACUCGCUGGUCACCAUUCGAGUGCGCCAUUUCAACGACUUCGGGCCCGACCAGGCAAGUAUCAAGCAGGAGGACGGGCCGAGCCUGCUAUUCUACUAUAUCUUCGAUGACUGGAUGUCCAGCUAUGGACUCAUUGCUAAACGAGAACACAAAUACGGGGUUGCCCUGGACCAAAUGAGAGGGAACAUGCUUCACCAGCCGGAGGUCGACUUGGUGAAUGAGUUGCACUGGCUAGGUCGCCGGCUGGCAGUCCUGAAGCGGCUCUAUCAAAGCUACGAGCUGAUCAUGCGGCGUCUACUACAACGACAGCGCAUGCUCCGCGACGAACUCCGCCAGGCCCAACCGCCGCCGUUAUCGUACGGUGCCACGUUUGGGGAUAUCGAGUUCUCCGACCUGCGGCAGUCGAGCCUGGUCAGCAACCCCAGCCAGCCCGGCCUCACCGAUAAGGCCGUUGGGGUGCAUCUGAGCUCGGCAGCGGUGGCGCGCUUUGAGCGGCUGGCAGAUCGCAUCAAUCUAUACUGCCUGAGCGAGAUUGACAGCUGUCUCACGGAGAAGGAGUCAUUGACGUUCUUGAACUUCAACUUGAUCGCGCUCAAGGACUCGCAGGCCGUAGAGAAGUUGACGCGGAUCACGAUCCUGCUGGCCAAAGCGACCAUUCUGUUCCUGCCGGUCAGUCUGAUGACGGGGUACUUCUCGACGGACCUGCGGGGGGUCAAGGGUGGCUACUCGGUGACGGAAUACUGGGUGGCCUUUGCGGUGAUUCUAGUGGUGUCCAUUCUAAUGCUGAUGAUCUUUGGGAUGGCCAGCGAUACGGUGGAGGGCAAGACCAUCUACCGGUCGUUAGUGAGAACGUUCUUCCGGACGUCGCGUGAGCGGAUGAUGCAGCAGCGCCGGGGAGGAUGA